AUGGCCAAGUGGUACAUUGCGGGGCUCAAGCAAGCGAGGACACGGCAAUCGGCCGCUUUGAUGGAGGGCGGCGAGGCGGCAGUUGCUGCCUUGUGGAGCCACGACGCCGACAUGGAAGGCGAUCGCAGCUUCUCGAUCGAAGGAGCAUAUGUCGAGCGACCUGUGGAGCAACUGGAAAGUAGCGUAAAGUGUCUAUCUUUGAAACGAAGUUUCGGAGGAGACAUGGGGGAAGACACUUGCAAGCGACUCAAAGCCACCGACGUGCGCGCCGAGGAGCUCCGACUGGCGAUGGACAGUCUUAUGGCCAAGCGCGAGGCGCUGCUUUCGUCCAUGGAGUCGUUUCUCAAGUUAGUUUGCCGCACACUUGCAGACGAACCCAGACGUUGUGAUUAUGUACCUGAGCAUUGA